AAGUCUCCACACUCCAGCUCACCUUGCAUAACCAGCUCCCUCAUUCAAUUCCUUUCUCUUCAGAGGGAAUUGGGGAGUUAGAGCCUAGAUUAUAGAAAAAGAAGCCCUUAUAAUGGAGCUUCAAAUGAUUUUCGUGGUUUGUACUCUAGUAGUUUUAAUUGGUUCUUCUUCUGUAAGUGCACAAAGUGUUGGGACACCAUCCCCUGCGCCUGCACCUGCACCAGCUUUUGUAAACCUCACUGACCUUCUCACGGUUGCCGGCCCUUUCCACACCUUCCUUAGCUACCUUGAAUCAACCAAAGUCAUCGACACCUUCCAAAGCCAAGCCAACAACACAGUAGAAGGCAUAACGAUCUUUGUACCGAAGGACACGGCCUUCUCUUCUCUCAAAAAGCCUUCCCUCGCCAACCUCACCCAAGAACAGCUCAAAUCCCUCAUCCUCUACCAUGCAGUUCCCCAUUACUACACUCUUGCCGACUUCAACAACCUCAGCAAAGCAGGCCCCAUUAACACGUUCGCUGGAGGGCAGUUCACCUUGAAUUUCACUGACAUUUCAGGGACUGUACACCUCAGUACCGGGUGGUCAAACACAAAGAUUAGCAGUAGUGUCUACACGACCAAUCCGGUCUCAUUGUAUCAGGUUGACAAGGUUUUGCUCCCCGAAGCGAUCUUUGGUCCCCCACCUCCUCCAGCACCGGCCCCAGCUCCAGCUCCUGACACUACGCCCACUGCUGAUUCUCCUUCAACUGGGCCCACUGCAGAUGGGUCUUCUUCCAAACCCAAAUCCACUACUUCUCCAUCUUCUUCUUAUAAGAUCGGCUUCGGUGUCCUGAAUUAUUUGGUUUUGGCAGUUUCAGGCAGCAUGAUGUUAUUCUUGUGAGGGAGAAUUUGAUAUAUGGAGUGUUAUAUUUAUAGAGAGAGAGAGAGUAUAUUCAUCUGUACUAUUUCAAUUUCUUUCAUUUCAUUGUUCAUCUUUUUGGGUAGAGAUGUUGGAAUUGAGUUUGAGAACUUGGGUUCUGUUGGAAUGAUUAUUAUUUGAUUCUUGUCUAUUCUGCUCUACUGUUGAAGACUGGAUGUGAUUUCUUUGGA